GUCCCCUUCGGGGCUAAUUCUGAAGACCACUAGGAACGUGAGAGGCUUAUUCAAUCCCGCGGAUACACGUGAGUCCCCAGCAAGCCACAGACGGCUCAGAAAGAACUUGAUCGAAUCAUGUUGAACCCCACAGACACACCUCUGGACACCCUCUCUAGUUAUAUCAGUAAAAUUGCAGAUCUGUGCAAGAAAAAUGACAACUUGCCCCAAGAACUUCAAGCCUUUCUAGAAAAAGCUUCUUCUAUUAUCAGCGAGUUGACACCCUCUACGGCAGAAGUAAGAAAUGAGGAGACAGGAUCCCCUGGGGCUAUAUACAGAAACACAGCGGAAGCAGCUACAGAAGAUGUCAAACCUACAGACAUUCAAGUCUACAAAAUGCUUCUACAGCUCACCGGAGCCAGAGAUAUUCUCCACCUUCCCGAAUGUCCCAGCGCGACAGUGUUGUCCUUGGGUGACUUAUUGCCAGAACAUGGAAAGCUAGUUCUACGAACAUCAGAACAAUGUAGAAACGAGCUGGGGGAAGUUUUACUUCGGGAGAAAAAGAUUCACGCAAAAAUAGGAUCGACAGCUGACAUCUUGAAGGAAUUGCUGGCUUCGGGCGAACAGUUUGACAUGGUUUUUAUUGGCGACGGGGAGGAAAAUCACAGAGCCUAUUACAACCUGGUUAUAGGCGGCAACAUGUUAAAAAGGAAUGGUAUUAUCUGUUUGCAAAACACGAGUACGAAAGAGGAGAGGAGCCAAACACACAUCAACGGUGCCAGGAAUGUGACAAAUGUAAUUAACGAAGACCCUGACGUGGAACAGGUAAUUUUACCCACAGAUUGCGGGAUUACGGUUCUCAAAAGGAAGCCUGUGUCUUCUGUCCGGGACGGGGAGAAAGGAAUUGUGAAAGAUGAUGUGUUUUGGGGCUAUAACAGACGUUGCAUACUGGACCGUCUUUGUUUGGACGGGAAGGUGGCCUAUGUGACCGGAGGAGGCCAGGGAAUCGGAAGGGCAUUUGCCCACGCUUUGGGGGAAGCUGGAGCUAAGGUUGCCAUUGUCGACAUGGUGCUCGAAAAAGCCGAGGCGGUCGCAUAUGAAUUACAAUUAAAAGGAAUCAAAUCAGUUGCUAUGGCAGCUGAUGUCAGCAAAGAAGAAGAUGUAAGACGAAUCGUGGCCACAGUUGUGGCUAACUGGGGCAGAAUUGAUAUAGCGUGUAACAAUGCGGGCAUUAAUAUGAAUUCUGCGAGCGAAGAUACCACCUUAGAAGAAUGGGACAAAACAUUUAAUGUGAACCUGCGAGGCUUGUUCAUGUGCUGUCAGGCUGCGGGUCGCGUAAUGUUGAAACAAGGAUACGGGAAGAUAAUUAACACCGCGUCUAUGGCAAGUUUAAUAGUUCCUCAUCCCCAGAAGCAGUUGGCAUAUAACACAUCAAAAGCUGGAGUGGUGAAACUAACGCAGACUUUGGGAACAGAAUGGAUCGACAGAGGAGUACGAGUCAACUGUAUAUCACCUGGCAUCGUCGACACGCCGUUGAUCCAUACGGAUGCAUUAAAACCCCUCGUUGAGCGCUGGCUGAGUGAUAUUCCUGCAGGACGCUUGGCUCAAGUCACAGACUUGCAAGCCGCUGUUGUGUUCUUGGCAUCCGAAGCAUCAGAUUACAUGACAGGCCACAAUUUAGUCAUCGAAGGAGGCCAAAGUCUUUGGUAGACAGUAGCAUGGCGUAGUCUUAAUAACAGAGAUAAAAUAAAGAGCCAAGCGCUCAUAGAAACUGCACAUUAUUUUGUCUGCCAAUUGUCUUCAUUAACACAAAACAGGAUUAAUAUCGUAACAUUAUUUGAAUGAUAUCAUGGAAACAAUAUACUGUGUAAGUGACCUUGUUGAAAGCGAUUUGUUGCUUCCCCGUGCUUUGGGGAGGCGUGUAAUUAGCUUAUGUCAUAUCAUAACGGGAUAACGGAUAGAAUUUUAUACCGUUAGAUAAUAAUCCAUGAUUAGCCGUACUGUUUAUUUAGCAUAUACUCAAGAGAACCCCAGCACUCGUUUUGCCCGUUGUAUUUGAUAUUUUUAUUCAAUUGUACAGAAAGUAGUUAUCGUUAACCUCUUGUGUUUUUGUGAUACAUUAAAAGUGUUCAACUGCAA